AGGAGGAGGAACCAGAACCUCCACAUUAUAAAGAGGAGGAGGAGGAACCAGAACCUCCACAUUAUAAAGAGGAGCAGCAGGAACAAGUACCUCCACAAAUUGAAGAGAAACAGGUGGUACUAGAACCAUUACCAAUUAAAGAGGAGCCAGAGGAGCUCUUCAUCAGUCAGGAGGAAGAGCAGCUUGAUCUGAAGCAGGAGACUGAUACCUUGAUGGAGAACCGGCAGAGCUUUAAUGUAACUAAUAGUCAGGAUGAAGAAGGAAACCAACAUGAAGAAUCAACAUUAACUACACAUGGAGAGACAGACCCACAGAACAGAGAUCAGAGGAAGAGAAGAGACAAAAGACAUGUCCAAAGCGUGGACAGCUCUCACAUGUCAGCAGCAGUCCUCCCUCAGCACUGGGUGACUGAAGAGGAUCCCUGCAACCAGCACAGGAACUUCAGAGUGAAACAGGAGGAACCAGAAUCUCCACAGAUUAAAGAGGAAUUGCAGGAACCAGAACCAUCACAGAUGAAAGAGGAGCCAGAGGAGCUCUUCAUCAGUCAAGAUAACGACCGGCUUCAUCUGAACAAGGAGACUGAUACUUUGAUGAAGAUUCUUACUAAUGAGGAAGAUAAGAACAGUGAAGCAGAUCUAAACAAUCAGCAGAGCUUUAAUGUAACUGAUAGUCAGGAUGAAAAAGGAAACCAACAUGAAGAAUCAACAUCAACUACAGAUGGAGAGACAGACCCACAGAACAGAGAUCAGAAGAUGAUAAGAGACAUAAGUCAUGUCCAAAGUGUGGACACAUGUCAAAAGACAGAAAGUGACUCUGUUAGAAAAAAAAACAGAAAGGUAUCUUUGGUUAAGAAAUGCAAACAAUCUCCAAAAGGAAAAAGAUCUACCUUUAACAAGUUGGGUAAAAGAAAAGGAGUUGCACAUAAUGUGUCAAUGAGAACUGAGUCUGAAAGACCUUAUGUCUGUCAAGAAUGUGGUAAAAGCUUUGAUUACUUUUUUAAAGUCAGAAUUCACAUGAGAACUCAUACAGGAGAAAAGCCCUUUUUGUGUAAAGAAUGUGAUAAAAGUUUUAGUCGUGUAUAUAGUCUCAAAACACACAUGAGAACUCACACAGGAGAGAAGCCUUUUCCUUGUAAAGAUUGUGAUACAAGUUUUCGUCAAAUAUCUCAUCUCAAAGCACACAUGAGAACUCACACAGGAGAAACACCUUUUUCUUGUAAAGAAUGUAAUGCAAGUUUUUGUUAUGUAUCUAGCCUCAAAACACAUAUGAAAACUCACACAGGAGAGAAGCCUUUUUCUUGUAAGGAAUGUGAUGCAAGUUUUUGUCAUGUAUAUAGCCUUAAAACACACAUAAGAACUCACACGGGAGAAAAGCCUUUUACUUGUAAAGAAUGUGAUAAAAGUUUUAGUCAAAUGUCUCAUCUCAAAGCACACAUGAGAACUCAUACAGGAGAAACGCCUUUUUCUUGUAAAGAAUGUGAUGCAAGUUUUUGUCAUGUAUAUAGCCUUAAAACACACAUGAGAACUCACACAGGAGAAAAGCCUUUUUCUUGUAAGGAAUGUGAUGCAAGUUUUCGUCAAAUGUCUCAUCUCAAAACACACAUGAGAACUCACACAGGAGAAAAGCCUUUUUCUUGUAAGGAAUGUGAUGCAAGUUUUUGUCAUGUAUAUAGCCUUAAAACACACAUGAGAACUCACACAGGAGAAAAGCCUUUUACUUGUAAAGAAUGUGAUAAAAGUUUUAGUCAAAUGUCUCAUCUCAAAGCACACAUGAGAACUCACACAGGAGAAAUGCCUUUUUCUUGUAAUGAAUGUGAUGCAAGUUUUAGUCGUAUAUCUAAUCUCAAAAGACAUAUGAGAACUCACACAGGUUAGAAGCCUUCUACUUGUACAGAAUGAUAACAAUUUUAGUUGCAAAAUUUAGCUCAAAGCACACAUGAAAACUCACACAGGAGAGAAGCUUUUUUCUUUUAACCCUUGUGCUAUCUUAGAUGACCCCAACCUUACAUUGACGUGUUAUUCCU